AUUGUUCGCAAUGGACACUUCGCCAUGGACAUGUAAAGUCUGAGCUGCGAAUCCAAUCCCCUCCUUUUUUGACACUGCAAUAUAACAAGAAUGCGGUAGUUUGUUUCUGACGAUUCUUCAUGGCUUUGUAUCCACGCCUCAUGCUCGCAGAGGGCAUUCUACGCGGUCACUGCCGCUCGCUGCACCUUCUCUGGGUCAACUUUGAUGUGCUGUGCACAAUAUGUUCAACCAGUGUUGGGUCUCAAAAGUGGGCCCUGACAUCCGAGUCGGGGCCGGGUUUACAGAACGGACACUGUACUGUAAAACGAUGGUGACGGUUCGAAUUGAGCUACUUCCCAGGCGAAGGAUGCCAUGGAGGGCCGAGUUCAUGUCCACGCCUGAACACCUCGUUCGAUAUUUUCACUCAGGGUUCUGUCGACGCUCCCUAUAGAUCAUGUCUCUUCACUCAUUUUCUAAUCCUACUCACUCGGAUCGUUAUGCACGUACACUUAAUCUGUUAUACCUUUGUCUUUCUCCCCGAUUACACAUCUGUUCUACCCUGUAUCGGCCUUCUAAUACCCUCCUACUUGUUGUAUUCAUUUGUUCCCUUGUUGUUUCACUGCGCCUUAGUAACAUCUUCAAGAGGAAGCUUAUUCACCGACUCCCGUAGGAUACCUAUUUCGGAUGAGGCGGAUAUACACCACAGGACAGAGCUUGAUCUAAUGAGACCUUCUACGAGUAUUAGACAUCUAUGGUCAAUACCGAUAUCGGACUCGCCUUACAUUUUCUCGAUUAUAAAUUCACCUUACUCCAAUACGGCCGGACAUAUACAGUACCAUGACGUCGAGGGGAGUUAUAAAAGCUCAGGAUCGUUGUGGCCAAACACUAUCGCCACUUCUUCCCCCAUCCUCUCAGCGAAUCACCAAUAAGCCAACAUGUCUAACCUCUGGACCCCACCGCCCCUUCCUGCUACUAACCUCGGUCGCUAUCGUCAGUUGGCACCUUUGGCCGGGAUCCAUGUUUCCCCAUUUGUCUUGGCGCCAUAAGCGUCGGUGACAAAUGGAGUGUCUUGGGCUCCAUGGACAAGGCGAGUAGCUUCAAACUAAUCGACGCUUUCUAUGAGGCUGGCGGAAACUUCAUCGAUACCGCGAAUGGCUAUCAGGACGAAACUUCUGAGGAGUUCCUCGGGGAGUGGAUGGAUGGUCUAUCAGGGUCCCUGGAACAUCCUGUACAGGGACCUCAAGCGGGAAAUCUUGCCCAUGGUGAAAGAAGAAGGAAUGGCAGUUGCCCCUUGGAACGUUCUUCACGGCGGCAAGAUUCGCACCGACGCUGAGGAGCAACGAAGACGUGAGACGGGCGAGAAAGGCCGGACGAUCAGUGGACCUAACUGGGAGCGUACCGAAGGCGAACGAAAGGUUUGUCUAGCUCCCGAAAAGGUUGCCACCGAAAUUGGCGCGAAGUCGAUUAGCUCAGUCACCAUCGCUUAUGUGAUUCAGAAGCCUCCUUACGUCUUCCCUAUCGUCGGUGGUCGUAAGAUUGAACAUCUCCACCAGAAUCUCGAAGCUCUCGAGAUCGCUCUUUCGCCUGAGCAGAUUGCAUACCUUGAGAGCGUCCAGCCAUUUGAUCUUGGCUUCCCCACUGGACGAUUUGGUAACGGGUCUGACUACAACUUCCUGUACAAGAAUGCUGGUCACUUCGACGAGUGGCCGGUUGCUCAAGCAAUUCGUCCCUCGAAGAAUUAGGCUUUUUCUUUCCGAAAUUGCGUUAUCAGUAUAAAUGGUCCUAUGCAAUAUAUGUACACUUUUAACGC